UCAGACAACAUGGUGGUGUGUUAGUGUUCCAGUCAGACAACAUGGGUGGUGUGUUAGUGUUCCAGUCAGACAACAUGGUUGGUGUGUUAAUGUUCCAGUCAGACAACAUGGUUGGUGUGUUAAUGUUCCAGUCAGACAACAUGGUUGGUGUGUUAGUGUUCCAGUCAGACAACAUGGUUGGUGUGUUAGUGUUCCAGUCAGACAACAUGGUGGUGUGUUAGUGUUCCAGUCAGACAACAUGGUGGUGUGUUAGUGUUCCAGUCAGACAACAUGUUGGUGUGUUAGUGUUCCAGUCAGACAACAUGUUGGUGUGUUAGUGUUCCAGUCAGACAACAUGGGUGGUGUGUUAGUGUUCCAGUCAGACAACAUGGUUGGUGUGUUAGUGUUCCAGUCAGACAACAUGGGUGGUGUGUUAAUGUUCCAGUCAGACAACAUGGUUGGUGUGUUAGUGUUCCAGUCAGACAACAUGGUUGGUGUGUUAGUGUUCCAGUCAGACAACAUGGGUGGUGUGUUAGUGUUCCAGUCAGACAACAUGGUGGUGUGUUAGUGUUCCAGUCAGACAACAUGGUGGUGUGUUAGUGUUCCAGUCAGACAACAUGGUGGUGUGUUAGUGUUCCAGUCAGACAACAUGGUGGUGUGUUAGUGUUCCAGUCAGACAACAUGGGUGGUGUGUUAAUGUUCCAGUCAGACAACAUGGUUGGUGUGUUAGUGUUCCAGUCAGACAACAUGGUUGGUGUGUUAGUGUUCCAGUCAGACAACAUGGUUGGUGUGUUAGUGUUCCAGUCAGACAACAUGGUUGGUGUGUUAGUGUUCCAGUCAGACAACAUGGGUGGUGUGUUAGUGUUCCAGUCAGACAACAUGGUUGGUGUGUUAGUGUUCCAGUCAGACAACAUGGGUGGUGUGUUAGUGUUCCAGUCAGACAACAUGGUUGGUGUGUUAGUGUUCCAGUCAGACAACAUGGGUGGUGUUUUAGUGUUCCAGUCAGACAACAUGGGUGGUGUGUUAGUGUUCCAGUCAGACAACAUGGUUGGUGUGUUAGUGUUCCAGUCAGACAACAUGGUUGGUGUGUUAGUGUUCCAGUCAGACAACAUGGUUGGUGUGUUUGUGUUCCAGUCAGACAACAUGGUUGGUGUGUUAGUGUUCCAGUCAGACAACAUG